AUGUCCACCACAACAACCCAGACCCAAACAAAGUGGUCGGUGGAAUUCGAUACUACUCGACGCCAAAAGCUCUUUCGACACACGCCCAAAGACCGAAGCGCCUUCCCUGCGCUCCAGGCCGCAGUUAAGCCUCAUGUCGAAUCUUUCAAUGCAUUGUGGGACGAACAUCUGAUCGAGGCUGGCUUAAAAGACAUCGGCAUAUACACUGCGAAUGAUGGAAAUCCACGAGAUAUCAGACAAAAUGUGGCCAGAAACAAGCUGGAGUUGAGAGUGACGGAAGUCUUGCUAGACAAACCAAUCCUGCCAUCAUCCAACAAAUUCAGUUUUCAGAACCGAAAUAUUUACCCUUCCGAGGCUCGAGAACGCCAUUCCACAUAUCGAGGAAAGCUAAGAGCCAGGUUACAAUACCGAAUCAAUAAUGGAGAUUGGAAGGAAUCCAUUCGGGAGUUGGGACAGAUGCCCAUUAUGCUGCGGUCGAAUAAGUGUCACCUGGAAAAGUUCUCGCCUGCUGAAAUGGUUCGACACAAGGAAGAGUCAGAAGAGCUCGGCGGCUAUUUCAUCGUGAAUGGUAAUGAGAAGCUCAUUCGAAUGUUGAUCGUGCCGCGACGCAACUAUCCCAUGGCUAUCUCUCGAAACGCAUUCACCGCUCGAGGCCCUACAUUUUCCAAGUACGGAAUCCAGAUUCGAUCGGUACGGCCGGAUCAGAGCUCGCAGACAAAUGUUCUCCAUUAUCUCACCGACGGAAAUGUCACAUUCCGGUUCUCUUGGAGAAAAAACGAAUUCCUGGUACCAGCAGUGAUGAUCUUGAAGGCGUUGGUGGACACAAACGACAGAGAGAUUGCCGAUGGUAUCAUUGGAUCUUCGAGUUCCAGUACACCAAGCUCAUUUGUCUCUGACAGAACUGAACUCCUUCUUCGCACUUACAAGGUGUAUAACCUGAAAACCAAAACCCAGACCUUGGCAUAUCUUGGAGAGAAAUUCCGACCGGUACUGAUGUGCCCAUUGACCAUGUCCGACGAAAAGGUGGGUGAGGAAUUCCUUCGAAGAAUUGUCCUUCCACAUCUUGGCAACGUUGAUGUGACGCCAGCACAGAACAACGACAAAUUCCAGCUCAUACUAUUCAUGAUCCGGAAGCUCUAUGCUCUUGCAGCCGAUGAUUGUGCACUCGAUAAUCCUGAUACCGUGUCCAAUCAAGAAGUCCUCCUGGGAGGCUUUCUCUAUGGCAUGAUCUUGAAGGAGAGUAUUUACGAAUGGCUGGUCUCAAUUGGAGCCGCGGCGAGAGACUGGUGCAGGAUGAAAAAUGGAGCCCAAUUCUCAGAUCCUGGCUUCGAAACAGACUUCCUACCAAAAAUCGUGAGGAGAACAAAUGAAAAUCUUGCCGGGAAGUUGGACUAUUUCUUGUCCACUGGUAACCUUGUCAGUCAAACAGGCCUUGAUUUGUCACAAACAUCUGGCUUCACCAUUGUGGCAGAGAAAAUCAAUUUUUACCGAUUUAUCAGCCACUUCAGGUGUAUACACAGAGGUGCUUUCUUUGCACAGCUGAAGACAACAGCCGUUCGAAAGCUACUCCCAGAAAGUUGGGGUUUUCUAUGUCCAGUUCACACGCCCGAUGGUUCGCCCUGCGGUCUUCUCAAUCACUUGGCUCAUCAAUGUCAGGUUCAGAUCAAGAAAAUCGACACCACAAGUGUGGAAAAAGCAGUCAUUCAAUUAGGACUCUCUUCCGCACCCACGAUGGCCGUCGAAGAUGGACUGGCUGUUCAGCUUGAUGGUAGAAUAUUAGGUUACUGCCCUGCAAAGCGAGCUAGAGAAAUUGCUCAGCUCCUCAGACACUGGAAAGUCAAUGGCGAGAACAAGAUCCCGACCGAGCUCGAGAUUGGAUUCGUACCCACCUCAAAUGGCGGUCUCUACCCAGGUCUAUACCUUUUCGCAGAUCCUUCAAGGAUGAUUCGACCAGUCAAGUACAUUCCAUCAGACAAACUUGAUUAUGUCGGCGCAUUCGAACAACAAUACAUGAACAUUGCGUGUGUGGAUAAGGAUAUCAUACCGCAAUUAACCACCCAUAUCGAGUACAAACCCACAAACAUCCUGUCCAUUCUUGCAAACAUGACGCCCUUCUCGGAUUUCAAUCAGUCGCCUAGAAAUAUGUAUCAGUGUCAGAUGAGCAAGCAGGCUAUGGGAACUCCAUCCUCCAACAUGAUGUGCCGGACAGACAACAAGGCUUAUCUCCUGCAAACGGGUCAAACACCAGUGGUUCGACCACCCUUGUACAACGAGUACGGUUUGGACAGCUUCCCGAAUGGAAUGAACGCCGUGGUGGCCGUCAUCUCAUACACAGGGUACGAUAUGGACGAUGCUAUGAUAAUUAACAAAUCCUCACAUGAACGCGGCUUCGGCGAUGGUGUCAUCUACAAGACGAAAGUAUAUGAAUUGAACGAGAGAACGAAAAGCAGCCGAUCAAAGACCGAAAUCAAAAGUCUUUUCGGCUUUGCCGAAGGCGAUCCAAAUAUCACACCUGAAGCGAUCAGUAGUCUGGAUACUGAUGGCUUACCAGCAGUCGGAACAAAAGUAAGCGAAGGAUCGAUUGUUCUGGCUCACCACAGUGUCAUGUUCGACCCGUCGGAGGGCAAGUUGAAGAACUUGGAUGGAAAAACCAGUUACUUCAAAUACAAAGAUACGGAAGCGGCUUACAUCGAUCAAAUCCGUCUUAUUGGCUCCGAGUCGGGAGAUUUGCCUUGCCAAGCAAUCAGCAUCAAAUACCGUAUACCCAGAAGACCAAUCAUCGGAGACAAAUUCUCUUCCAGGCACGGGCAGAAAGGUGUCUGUUCGAUGCUCUGGCCUAGUGAGGACAUGCCAUUCAGUGAGUCUGGUAUUCAACCCGACGUCAUCAUCAAUCCUCACGCUUUCCCCUCUCGAAUGACGAUCGGCAUGUUUGUUGAAUCACUUGCUGGAAAAUCCGGCGCUCUUCACGGACUGGCACAAGAUUGCACACCUUUCUCCUUUGACGAAGACAAUACGGCAGGAGAUUUCUUUGGUGACCAACUUCGGCAAGCCGGAUACAACUUCUACGGCAAUGAGCCUAUGUACAGUGGCAUCACCGGAAAACCGUUUGCUGCAGAUAUAUAUCUUGGUGUAGUCUACUACCAACGACUGAGACACAUGGUCAGCGACAAGUUCCAAGUGCGGACAACUGGCCCUGUCAAUGCGCUGCACGGCCAGCCCAUCAAAGGUCGAAGCAAAGGAGGAGGUAUUCGUGUUGGUGAGAUGGAACGUGACUCUCUUAUUGCACACGGCUGUGCCUACCUUCUACAGGAUCGCCUGAUGGACUGCAGCGACAAACAACGAGCCUGGGUCUGCCGAUCGUGUGGAAGCUUUCUGAGUACGAUGAUGGUCCCAAACCAGUUCACGGUGGGAAAGAGAGGUGGGCGUGUCGAGCCAAGUGGGAUCGUUCGAUGUCGUGCAUGUGCUCGCCCUGCUAGCUUCAAUGACAGCAAGAUGGCGGUUUGGGAAGAUGGCAGUGGUAGAAAGUUCGUCGGAGGAGACGAUACAACCGUUGUAAAUGUACCGGGCGUGCUGAGAUAUCUGGAUGUCGAGCUCGCAGCAAUGGGUGUACGGACAACAUUCCAGAUAGAAGCUUAG